AAUGCCGUUAUGGACUCUAACAGGAAGUGGGAAACAGUAGAAAAAAACAAUGGAAAUACAAGCUUGCAGAUGCAUUUGAAGGAUUCAACUGACUCUGAAAAAAAAAGAUUAAAGAUUGGAAAUUGGAAAAAGUGCACGCAGUUUAGUGGGGUCAAGACGCAAUCUUUCCGCACAAGUAAACUUAGGGGCGCAGAGCAUUUCCACCAAAUAUCAAACUCCUGCUUUCAAUUUGAUUUUUCUUGUUUCUUCUUCUAGCUAGUUAUUUUGAAACUCUGGAUGAAAUGAACUACAUUAAGGGAUUCAGAUUCCACCCAACAGACAAAGAACUCAUCGAACUUCUAUGGGAAAAAAGAGUACUCGACCGUGAUUAUAUUGUCCAAGUUGGUGGUUCCCCCGUUCAAGUCCUAACCCAACUCAAAGACAUCUGCGAGUUCGAACCUGGGGAUUUGCCUGGGCUUUCGGAGUUAGAGUCAGGUGACAACGCUUGGUAUUUCUUCUGCUCUCCAAGAUACAAGUACCGCAAUAGUAAACGAAAAAACAGGGUUACGAAGAAAGGAUACUGGAAACCAACGGGGAAACCUCGUGAGAUAUUGACAACAUACGAUGGAAACGAGAUUAUUGGAAGCAGGCAGACUUUGGUAUUCUACCAACGUCGUGUUCGUGAUAAAAUGAAAAAUGAAAAUAAGACCCCCUGGGUGAUGUAUGAGUUCGAGCUCACCCUUAAUCUCCCUAACCUAAAAAGUUUAACUCUAUGUAAACUGAAGAAAAAAUAUGGGAAGGUAGAAGUUUCAAGCGUUGAAGAAGGCCAAUCAAGUCACGGUUCGCCUUCUAACUUAGAAAACCACCGUACAAACAAUGCAACUCCACAGGUCCAGUUAAACUCUAAUGAGCCAUUGACAGAGCCGGUAGCAUUCACUGAAUAUGGUGAAAUUCAAUCUCAACUUACCACCAAUGAACAGGGUAAUAUUGAAUGUGUGGAUUCACUUUUUGUUAAUAAUGAUGAGUUGUACAGCACACAGAAUUACUUUGUUGGUGAGAAUGAAGGCCCGAAGCUAUCCUCUGACUUCCAAUUUUAUGUUGCGGAUAAUGAUAUUCCAAAAAACCAGGAUGGCUUUGAUAAGCUAAUAAGCCAACAGCAAACAGCAACUAAUGACAGUGUUGAGACCAUAAUAACUUCCUUAUGGGGUUCGACUCUCGUUGCUAAUGAUCAAACCCACACAAAACAAGGAAGAAAUCAACAUAAUACUUCCUUUGCUGAGCCUGAGAAUGAGGGCUCUAGCUUGGCUUUCAAAAAUGUUGUUGCAGAGGACUCCAUUCCAAUGGUACAUUCAGAAUUUGAUGAGUUUCUACGAAAAGGGAUGUUCAUGGCUGAAUUAGUACCCAUGCCAAAAGCACCUAAAAACUCUGAUGGGGUUCAAAAUCAUCUGUUUAGAACCAAUGAACAGAAUGAUGAGUUUUGGGAUUUAAUUUCCUUCACUACUGAUGAAGUUGAAGCUUAUCCCGAAGUUUUCAGAAGCAGCCAACAGAACUUAGCUGCUAAAAAUGAGGGCUUAAACUUCACCUACAUGAACACAGUGGAAUCACCUAAUAACACGUGCCCAGUGGCCAAUGGAGUCUUCUAGGAAAAGCUACGCAUCGAAUCUGAGGGCUUAACCAGUGAGGAAGACAUUGAGGCGGCUCCAGCUGUGGAAGAGAAAUACACUUUUAAUACAGAACAGGCACAAUAUGAUCCUUAUAAUAGAGGUCCGAAUACAAUGUAAGUGUUACGUACAAUUAAUUGGAGAAUUACAGAGAUCUAAAUAAACUUAGUGCCGAAGCAUAGGGCCCAGGGCGUGUAUCAGAGUGUAGUAAAUGAGAAUAUGAAUAUCUAUAUUCUAUAGUUUGAGAGGGUGGUAAGCAAUGCCUUGGAAAAUUAUUAUUA